UCUGCUUGUUGUCUGGCAUCUGUGUUAGAAACAAGACUGGUUCCCUGUCGUCUCUUCACUUCAGGGGCUCCGCUCCUCCUAGCCGGCCCUCUCCCACAACAAAUCGAAUUUUAUGAUCAGAGCUCAGAGAGGUAGGGAAAUGUGGUGGUCGUCAUGCCAUUUGCAUUGAAAUAAUUAUACAAACAUCCUGUUUGGGUAUAUCAACAAGCAAAGUGGCAAUAAAGUCAACGUAUAAGAAUAUUGAUUCCUGUUGCUAUCACUUGUUGGCUUCAGCUACCAGCUACAAGCAUUCUGUUCAAAAUGCCGCAAAGGGUGAAGAGUUUAUGGGAAAUUGCAAUCAAUGAAGCUGACCAGCUUGGGCAACAACAGAAUGACAAGUUGGAAGGAACACAAACUGGAGCAGAAUCUACUGUCAUCUUUAUGGGAAGCAAAAGUGCUGGAAAGACAUCUAUAAUACUGCGAUUUCUUGAGAAAGAGGAACCUCCCAAACCAACUACAGCACUUGAAUAUACAUUCGGUAGAAAAGCCAAAGGACAUAACAUGACAAAGGAUGUUGCUCAUAUGUGGGAGCUUGGAGGAGGUACUUUCCUAUCUGAGCUUGUUGAAGUACCAAUCAAACAGGAUAUGUUACUUUCUUCUUCAUUCAUGCUGAUUCUUGACCUUUCCCAUCCUAAUGAACUGUGGAUAACUAUGGACGUUCUUAUACAAACUACACUGAAGAGGAUUGAACAGGUUAUCUCAAAAUUAUCUGUUUCAAAUCCAAAGAUUAAUGCUCAGAUCAAGAUGAGAUCGAGAGAAUUGUUUGGAGAGGAUCAUCCUGACAAGGAUAUGAUUGAUCCUUUUCCACUACCUUUGGUCAUUGUUGGCACCAAGUACGACAUUUUCCAGGAUUUUGAUUCUGAAAAGAGAAAGAUGAUUUGCAAGACAUUGAGAUUUGUUGCACAUAAUUAUGGAGCAGCUUUACAGUUUUGCAGUACUAAAAAUGAAGGCUUGAUGAAUCGCACUAAAGCAUAUGUUGGUCAUCUAGUCUUUGGCUCACCUAUGUCAACUAGUGCAAAAUUAGUUAAUUUUGAUCACAAUCGACCCAUAAUGGUUCCAUUUGGGAUGGACUCGUUGGACCAAAUUGGUCUACCUCCUAUGACAGAAGCUGAUAUUGGACGUCUAGAUGCACAAACACCAUUAGACCUUUGGAGGAAGGCGUACUUAUCCUUGUUUCCUCAGCAGAAUCUUGGUGAUAAAUUGACUCAAGAUGACCCGGCUAAAGACCCACAGUAUGAUGAGUCGGCUGUCGACACAAUGCGUCAACAAAAAGACAAAGAACUUGAGAGGUAUAGCAGACAAGUGGAGCGGAGGUCUAAAGAUCGUGUUAUUGGAAGUGGUGACAUGUAAUGAAGUGACUGAUGUGGAAGUGCUAAUGUUAUCCAUCAAAAAUGUUUCUACCUGGGCUACAUCGACGCAGGUCUCAUUUUGUAGUUGACCCUCACUGGCAACUUAAAGGGUUUCCCAUCAAGUUCUGACAUGGUUUUUAUUUGCUCAGGUGAUGCACAGGUGGUUCGGACGGGAUUGAGCCACAUUAAAAAGGAAGGGAAAUGUCAAAUCAACUUUGUGAUGUGCACAUUUUCCAAUAGACACAAUUCUCAUGUGUGUGUUUUUUAUUUUAUGUACUUUGUCAUAUAAUUUGGUCACAUUCAUAAUUUUUUUUGCAAAAUCAGUUUGCUUGGGUUACAAAUGUAUUACUAAUGUGAAAUUGGUAACAGGAAUUUGUUUUGAAAAUUAAAAGAUAGUAUGUGUUGAGCGUUGUUUUGCUGCACAUCAUGCUAUCUUUCAAUUUCGAAAGACGUAAUUUUCAAGUUGACCUAUUCAAUUUAGGAAGAAACUAUAAAUAAAUAGCAAACUUGUGGGGUACAACCAUGUGUAAUGGGAGCGUUGACUCUGAAAAGAGCUGGUUUCCAAGACCGUGUUGCAAAGCUUCAAGCAAUACUUUUUAUUAUGUAUAAACAGUAAAGUGUAACAACUUCUACAGUUUAGCCUCAUGGUUCAUACUUCCAUGGAAUGCGAGGCGAAUUUUAACGUCACAAACAAAUUUGCAAGGAAUAACUCACAACAGUAUAACUGUGUUCAACUCCUGCAAAAGGUGUGCUGCAAGGGCAGCCCUGUGAUGUCAAAAUUUGCUUCAUUUUCGCAGGAAGUAUGAACCGGGCUUCAAGUCUAGAUUUGUAACGAAUCUACAGUUGAGUUGCAGAUUCAUAAAACUAAUCUACACUUUCAUCAAUAGAGGGACGCCACAGAAACGGUUAUAGUAAUAGUCUUAAACAAAUUAAGACUUUGUUCAGUGUUUUAACACACUUACAGAACCCAACAAAUACUCAAAAAGGGUUGAUGAUCGGAUGCAUACUUUUUGAGACUGGUCUUAAGAUUUGCUAGUUUAUUAUGUGAUUAUGAGUCAAUUAAUGAACGAAUAAUGCUCAUUUAGUUCUGUUAAACUUCAUGACUUAAGCUUUGAUACGGCUUACAACGUGUGAUGAUAGCACUUUUUUUAAUUAGGCUCUAUAUGAUUCUACAGUGGCUGAUUUCCGCCUACAACAGUAUGCCGUUUUAACACCCCAUAAAUAGCAUUAUAACGCUCUUUUACAGCAUUGUAAUGCUUUCAAGUUACAGCGUUAUUAUGCCUACGGCGUACGCUGUUUUUUUUAGUGUACUUGGACAUUAUGACAUAUUAAGCCUAUUUCUGUGACGUCACUCUAUUGUUAAAAGUGUAGAUUUUUUUUACGAAUUUACACUUAACUGUAGAUUCGUUACGAAACUGUAGAUUGAGUGUAGAUUCAUUUGAAACUAAAGUAGGCCUAAAUAGUUCAACUUGAAGUUACUGUCUUUUCACACUGAAAGAUAGCAUGAAGUGCAACAAAACAUAGCUGAACAAAAACAUUUUCCAGUUGAGUAAAAACAUUUUAGUAUCACUAUUUUUUUUAACUGAGCAAACUGACGUCGUACACGAUAAUAAUGCAAAAAAAUAUGACCAAUCGUCGCUUGACAACGUAUACGAAAUUAGAUUUGUUAUACUUAUUAGUGUUGUUACUAAUUGAGAAAUCCAAUUUCUCGUCCAUUCUCCUUAACAUAUUGUCCUAAUUUACGACAUUAUAACGCCCUAAUUAAGUGUGAAAAGACAUACUUUGGGAUUAGGACCGUUUUAUUAUUUAUCAAUACCAUGGUCAAUCAAUUUCGACGUCAAUAUUGUGUCAAAAUAAAGUUGAUUUAACCUCGGCAAAACAAUAUUAUGUCCAGGUCAACAAUUACCAAUUAGUAUACAUUGCGCACAAAAACAAUUAGGCAUCCUUUUUGACUCUCCCUUCGUCCACCAUUUCCACCACAAAUGCCGCACCUUUACAGAGGAGUUUCAAAAUGCAGCAUUUAUUUCAUCUCAUAAUUUGUUGACAUUUUACACACAUAUAUUGAAUUAACAGACAUGUGCGUAGUAUUUAACUUAUUGUAAAAAAAAUUGUAGAUGAUUUUACCAUGCAUCUUAAACAUUGUUCUGACGUUGCUUCAGUAAUAAAUAAGGGAAUAAAAGGGUA